AUGGUUGCGUCGCUCAGUACAGCUUCCAGCUCGUCCACCGACGCUCGCUUAUCAUCCAGAUCGUUUCAUGUCUCUGGCUCUACGGGCACAUGGACACGAAACCGGAUCAACGCCAGCCUCGCCAAGCAGCAUUUUGUGCUCGAGUCCUCCCGAACCGAAUCCAGCUCUGCGACCCAGAUCAGUAAUGCUCUCUUCGACGCCGUUCCUCGCAACGCACAGUUCGACUCGCUCAAGCCUAUCCUUGCACGCCUGCCGCUUGAGCUCGACGUCCAAGACUCACACGAUCCAGACCAAGCCAUAUCCGACGCAGAUAUCGAAAACCUAGAUUACAUCCUCAGCAAUUCCGCUCAUGUCUUCUACACCCGCUCCCGACUUGCCUUUCUAGACCAGUCCAGCUUCGAUCUGUGGAAAGCACUGCAUCACUUUCAGCCGCUCACCGCCGAUUAUGCUUCUGGCUACCUCGACACGACAUCAUCAUCAUCAUCACCACCACCCCAUCCGCUGACUUUCGCAGCUGACGCAUCCGCAUGUCCCGCCUUCACCUCGGCCUCGGCUCGAGCGCUGGCGCAACUACGAACCUCGUUCAACUGGUCUUCUCUCCCGCUCAUUGCUUCCGCUCCGCCUCGCACCUGGUACGGUGUGCUGUUUCUUUCUGUGCGAAAACCAGGUUCCGAGUCCCUCUCGUUCUACGAGGCCGACCGUCUAGCGCAUGAAGAAGCUACGCGCUCCGGUGGCUUGAUUAUGUACUGGUACGGUUCUCCACAUCCAGUCACGGGUAGCAACCUGGCUACCUGCAUCUGGACUUCCCGGGCCGCUGCCGUGGCAGCGUCCAAGCUACCUCUCCACCACAAAGCCGCCCGAUACGCUGCUCCGAGCUACCAACGCUACGACCUCGUCCGAUACAAACUCGUCAAAUCUGUCAACGACGCUCGAUUGCGCAUCGAAGCUUGGUCCUCGCAAGACGAUCAAGACGAACAAGUAGGUUUGCCAUAG